AUGGGACAUGAGGAGCAUGGAGGGACUUGGCACAUGGACGCAGCUCAACUGGAUACGCAAAGGAAGAAGGGAGAAGCCAUCUUGAAGACCAGCUCGACCACCUACUCGACCAACCGGUCGAGUUCCUCAACUCGACCGGCCAAGCUUCAACUCGAUCGAGCUGAGAAGUCAAAGUCAAACCCGAAAAAUAGCUCUAAUCCCAUCUUUGUGUUCUUGAAGCUCUUGCUUCUUGAAUCCUAG